AGUUAUCUUGGCUCAAGUCAGAGCGCCGGUGCGCCAGUCGCUGCGGCGCCCUCAGUCGUGGGGCCCCCCGCUCGCGCUGCGCGUCCUGGCCGCCCCAGCUGCGACGCCUGAAAGUGGGCGGGCGCCGCGCCCCCCGAAGCGCGGCGCGCUGGCGGUGCCGAGCCGGGCCCCGCGCUCCGGCGCGGCGGUUGCGAUCGGCGAUGGACUCCAGCCGCAUCCAGGGCAUCGGCAACGACGGGGCCACGAUCCUCAGGUGCCCAGCCGGGCACUGCCUGCAUUCCUGGGUCGCCCGCGCGGGCACUUGCGACGGGUGCCAGAGGUUCGUGGAGGAUGGCGAGGAGGUGAUGGACUGCCGGCAGUGCAACUGGUACCUGUGCAGGACUUGCGAGGCGACUUACAAGCCUCCAGACACGUCCAUGUGGGGCUCAUUCGUGUCCUUCUUGAACGCCGCGGACCGUUCUUGCCAUGAUGUGGAGUCUGCUUUCGCCGAGGACGGCUUCGGGGCGCCCGUGUCCAACGAGGAUGCGCAGAGAGCUGCGACCGAUGGGGUCACGUCGCACGACAACCAGGCGGCCGACGAGCUCAUAGCAGGCUUCUGCGCAGGGCACCGCGAACACAGCGUGGUGCCGGACGCGGUGGAGCUGGACGCCCUGUGGUCAAGGUGCUGCUUGCUCUACGGCUGCGUGCUCGAUCCUGGCCCCCUUGCCAGCGCCAUCGUCGCGCAGCUGGCGUGGGCGGAGGGCUGCGGGGAGCCCUGGCAGCCGCGCCUGCGGGCCCUCUGCGUCCUGGAGAUGCUGGGGAAGAAGGGCGCCGUGGGCAGGGAGAUCGCCGGCGCCACGGGCCCCGAGGGCGAGGGCCUCGUUCGGAGGCUGCUGGACGUGCCCGAGUGCGCGGAGAGAGCGGCCGUGGUGCUGCAGGGCCUGGAGGAAGUCAGGGCGUUCCAGGAGGCCUGCUUCUGAGUUCGGGAGGGUGUAGACUUCCGGUCGGGAGCGUUGGCUGAGCGUGUCGCGCCGCCGGUUCUGGCCCACCACCUUCCGGCGCG